GAGGAAAACAACAAGUGUCCGGUGUGCGCCUGCGCCUGCGCCUGCGACACCGCUCCGGUGCGUCAGCGCAGAUAACGCGCGGCGGCGACGGCGGUGUCCGACGCGAGCCGCUCAGUCGCGAUUCGACCUCUGACCGCGCGCGUUACUCUAGCCUACAAUGUACGCGUUACCAUUGCUCUCGGACUGGCUGCAGAACUUGCAAGCUAACGCAGGUGGCGGCGGCGUAGGCGGCGUGGCUGGCGUGGGCGGCGUGGGCGUGGGCGGCGUGGGCGGCGUGGGCGGGCUGUACUCGCAGAACGUGGUGAUGGGCUCGUGGUGCGCGCCCUACGAUGCGCUGCAGAGGCCGCCCGCAUACGAUGUCGGCGAGUGCGAGGAGGGCGCGGGCCGCGAGUGCGUCAACUGCGGCGCCAGCAACACGCCGCUGUGGCGCCGCGACGCCACCGGCCACUACCUGUGCAACGCGUGCGGCCUCUACACGCGCAUCAACGGCGUCAACCGGCCGCUCGUGAGGCCCGCCAAGCGGCUGUCGGCGGCGCGGCGGCACGGCCAGUGCUGCACCAACUGCGGCUCGCGCACCACCACGCUGUGGCGCCGCAACAACGACGGCGAGCCCGUCUGCAACGCGUGCGGGCUCUACUACAAGCUGCACGGGAUCAACAGACCUUUGGCUAUGAGGAAAGACGGCAUACAAACAAGGAAACGGAAACCGAAAAAAUCUGGUAACGGAGCGAAGCCCACGCAGGAACCCUCGAAGAAAGAUGGUCACAGCUCACCCAGCAUAGACGAGAGCAAGCACAGCGUAGCAGAGGUGCCUUUGCCCCUAGCAUCGUCCGUAUCGUCGCACAGCGCGGGCAAGAUACGCGAGCACACUGCGGCUCCGGCCGUAUCCCCGCACGCACACAACCACGCGCAUUCCCAGUCGGCGUACGGCGCGGGAGUGGGAGUGGGCGCGGCGUUGUUCAACAUCAAGAGCGAGCCGUGUGUGGGCGCGACCCCGGUGGGGGGGGGAUACGACGCCUACGCCGCGCACGCGCACCACGCCGCGCACCACGCCGCGCACGCGCAUUACCACCCGCAGCACCACUACCUGCACGCGCUACAGUAUGGCCUAAGCAACGGUGAGGAAGAAGAGGGUAGCGGGUUCCUGCACCAACGCAACGUGACCGCACACGCCAAGCUCAUGGCCUCCACGUAGCGACGACGGGACAUACUCCUAGUGCCCCACCGAUGGGACAAAUCCUCGCAGUGCUUCCACGAGUCAGUCCACCCGUAGACUGAGAACAACUGCCCCUAGACACACUAUGUGUGAUACUUAUACACCUACUUAUAAAUAAAUAAUUCUGUAAAUGUAAUUACUGUGAUCAGGCCGACUUUACGGGACUGUGGCCUACAAUAGAGAUAAAAAAUAACAAUAUUAUGAAGGGCUUCCCGCACUUCAAACUUCGGCCCGACUGUGAUGCUUGUGCUUCACAUGGCGAUUCGUUAGGUAUUUGUCAUUUUGACAGCAGGUUGUCCUUAUCACUCUUUAAGGAGUGAAAAAGAGAGACUAUUGCCAAGUUUACAAAUACCAAAUACGAAUACCCAUAUGAAGAGCUGGCAUAAAAUGGAGAAGUAUAUGUGUAUUUAUAACGACAAGAGUGAUCUCCGCCACGCUUUUUUAAUAUUAAAAUACAUUUCGUUGCCGUAUAGAUUCGACCGCGGUAACUAUUGUAAAAUGUUCAUUGUAAAUACUAGCUUUAAUCAUUAAGCUAUGCUCUGUAUGAUAAUAGGUAUGAUUAGGUGUAACGAUCAGGCUGUAUUAUGCCAGAAACAUAUUAACGUGUCGUGUCGUGUCGUGGCGCGCCAGAAGCACAUCGGUUUCAUACAUUUACUAUAGUUACAGACAUAUUUACGUAUCGUGUCGUGUCGACGCUUUAACCUCUCUAUCUCUCUCUAACCCAUAAUAAAUGUAUGAAACCGAUGCGCCACGUCACGCCACGACACGUUAAUAUGUUUCUGGCUUUAGUUGUACGCCGCGGAGUGGCCGUAGGUGAUGCCUACAGACUGAAACUGUGUUAAGUAUUAUUGAUAAAUCGUAGUUAAAGUAGAAACUGAGUCUCCAUAUCUGAAGUAAUACUAGUCUCAGGCAAUCAAGAUAGAAAUAUAUAAAAGUUAGUUCACAAAAAUGUAAGUCCUUGAUUAAAUCGGAAUAACAGGACAGAAUUUCUCUAAAUAAAUUUUGAUUAAACAAAUACUUUGCUACAUUUGUUUUUUGCAACAUUGUGAAAUAUUUAUCUUUAACUAAAAUUAUUACAUUAUUUGCUGCAGCAUCUAAUUGAGGAGCUGGCAAAUAAAGCGGUAUCUUCUUCUUCUUCUUCCUCAACCACUAUCCACCCACUGCUGAGUGAAGGUCUCUUCCAUUGCACUCCAUCUAUUGCGAUCUCGGGCAGACUGCAUCCAUUUCGCUCCGGCUAUCCUAAUGAUGUCAUCUGUCCAACGGGCUGGUUGACGCCCCACGUUUCUGCGUCCGGUUCUCGGCCUCCAUUCCAUUACCUUUCUGCUCCACCUGCCAUCCUCGCGUCUACAGACAUGUCCCGCCCAUUUCCAUUUGCUGCGGGAUAUUACACAAGCGAUGUCAGGUAACUUUGUCGUUCUUCGAAUGACCUCAUUUCUGAUUCGGUCUCUUCGAGAAAUGCCCAACAUCGCCCGCUCCAUGUCCCGCUGCGCAACUUGAAGUUGGUGUAAAUGUUGCUUUGUGAUGGUCCAUGUUUCGGCACCAUAAGUCAUGACUGGAAGAACACAUUACUCAUAGACACGGCGUUUGAGGUUUAUUGGGAUAUUUCUCUUGAAAACAUCGUUCAGUUUGCCAAACGCCGCCCAUCCUAAUUGUAUACGACGUUGGAUCUCGCGAACCUGUGUUUUCUUCCCCAGAGAAAUUGUUUGGUCUAAAUGUGUAUUGGCCUAUGUUGUCUAUCCUACCACCAUUCACAACUAUAUGAUCUGUCUCUUUUGUCAUUAUUUUUGUUUUGGAGGUGUUCAUCUUUAGUCCGACGCGGAGAGAAGCUGUGUAUAAAUCAUUUAGCAUUGUCAAAGCAGUAUAAUUACAUAAAAUGAAAUUUUACAGGAGCUAUAUAAAACUGAAUGACAUACCUCCAGUGAGCUUUUGGCAUGGUUUUAAUUUAUAAAUUUACUAAUUUAUCACUAUUUUAGGCGGUUUUGAUUGAAAAUUAUUUAAGACCCAAAUUCAACUUGCCCGAAAUCUCCCGACUGUAAAAAACGUAGUUUCACCAGAUGCGUAAUUAUACCGUCUUGUUUGCCAGCUCCUGAUAUAGUACUUUUCUAGCUUUCUUUAUAAGAAAUGUGAAGUACCUGUAUCAUGACUUUGGUUUAAAUGAUAGUACAACACUUACACAUUGAUAAGUUAUAGAUACGAGAAUUCCAGUUGAAUUUUCAUUUAAAUCAACAGUAAAACACAGCAACACGUCUUGAUCCUAUGACAUCUUGCCUUAUUGUAAAUAAUUAGAUAAAGUAGUAACAUUAAUCAGUAUUGUUUAUUAUCACAUGAAUAUCAAAAUAAUUUAAAAUUAAACAUAAGACAAAGAUUUAAAUAACUAGUAACAAGUGCUUUACCACAAUACAUUUUCAAAAACAUUGCCAGUUAAGUUAGUGUUAAGCAAAAUAAAUUGCAUUUAUAACAUAGUUGUAAAUAUUAUUUUAAAGUUUAGAGAAACUGUUUUUGUGAAUUUAUAAACAAUCUUUGUUUUGAACCAUCAGUGCACAGAUUUUAUCACAGAACAUUGAUAUUAUGCUAAUUUUUGUAACAAUCAACAAGAAGUAUUUGUACAAAAAUGACUAUAUUAUAUGGAAUAUAUAUUUGAGCACAGCAUGUAGUUUUCAAGCCUCCCCUCCCUCAUUGGAAGCGUUCCGGAGCGCCUCCCCAGUUAAGCGGUAAUAGCACCAUUUCUCGGAGUUGGUCAAGUUUACAGCUCCUUUAGCAUCAUAGAAAGACCGGGCCGGGUUCCACUCCAGGACAUGGAAAUCUAAACGUGAACACCCAGUGGUCGAAGCUUCCUGG